AUAAAACCCUGUUACCUGUCUCCUUCAGAGCACAGCUUUGUCUGUCCCGGGUAGUGUGUGAGUGAGUGUGUGAGUGAGUGUGAGUGUGCAUCUCUAAACUAAAGGAUAUUCUUAACGAGAGGACUAGAAGGCAGCCUCAGUCAAAGCAGUCAUCAUGGCAGAUGAGGAGAGAAAUACAAAGAAGGCCAAGAAUAGGCCAAGUUGCUUGGGAUAUCCUGUCAGUAUAUUUUUCAUUGUGGUGAAUGAGUUCUGUGAGCGAUUCUCCUACUAUGGCAUGAAAGCGGUGCUGGUGCUGUACUUCAAGUACUUUAUCGGUUGGGACAAUGAUUUGUCCACAACCAUCUACCACACGUUCGUGGCCCUGUGCUACCUAACACCUAUCCUGGGGGCCAUCAUCGCAGACUCAUGGCUGGGCAAGUUCAAGACUAUCGUGUAUCUGUCUAUAGUGUACACCAUCGGCCAGGUGAUCAUGGCAAUCAGUGCCAUACAUGACAUCACAGAUACAAACAGAGACGGUACACCUGACAACAUGACAUUCCAUACUGCCAUGUCCAUGCUGGGACUCAUCCUCAUUGCUUUGGGAACUGGAGGUAUUAAACCCUGUGUGGCAGCGUUUGGAGGAGAUCAGUUUGAAGAACAUCAGGAAAAACAAAGAAGUACUUUCUUUUCCAUAUUUUAUCUGUCCAUUAAUGCUGGCAGUCUUCUCUCCACUCUCAUCACACCCAUCCUGAGAGCUCAAGAGUGUGGUAUCUAUUCAAAGCAAAGUUGUUUCCCGCUGGCUUUUGGGGUCCCUGCCGCUCUCAUGGUGGUUGCCCUCAUUGUGUUCAUCGCAGGCCACAACAUGUACAUUAUGGAAUCCCCCAAAGGCAACAUCCUGCUGCAAGUCAUGAAGUGCAUUGGAUUUGCAAUUAGGAACCGUUUCAAUCAUCGCAGUAAGCAACACCCCAAGAGAGAGCACUGGAUGGACUGGGCGGAAGAGAAAUAUGAUAAACUCCUGAUUGCUCAGGUGAAGAUGGUGUUGAAGGUUCUGUUCCUCUAUAUCCCUCUGCCAAUGUUCUGGGCCUUAUUUGACCAGCAGGGCUCCCGUUGGACUCUUCAGGCCACUACUAUGGAUGGUAACUUUGGAGCGUUUAUAAUUCAGCCAGAUCAGAUGCAGAUUGUGAACCCCAUACUGAUUGUGAUAAUGGUGCCCAUAAUGGACUCUGCAGUGUAUCCACUUAUCAAGAAGUGUGGUCUUAACUUCACGCCCCUGAGGAGGAUGACUGUUGGUAUGCUGCUGGCCUCGUUAGCAUUUGUGGCUGCUGCUCUUUUGCAGAUUCAAAUUGACCGAACAGUCCCCAACUUCCCAUCAAGCUCUCAAACCCAGGUGAAGUUCCUGAACUUGGAGAACACACCAGUGCCUGUUGUAGUGGAGGGGCAAGAACCGUUUGUUGUUCCUGGUUUUAAUUCCUCUAAUAAUUAUAUGACACUGGACACUGAGAACGUUACGGUCUCUGCUGGAGGAAGAAACGCUACAGCUUACUUCCAGAAGGAAUCAAGGCACACGGUUUUGAUAAAUGCUGACAGAAUGCUACAGACUCUCAAUGACAUAACUGAGAAACCCAAUCAAGGCAUGAAUGCGAUCAGGUUUGUGAAUGGCUUUAGGUCUCAUCUGAACUUCUCAGUAAAGUCUGAUCAUCUGGGUCCCAUCGCUCCCUUACAAGCAUCAGACUACUUCAGUGUUACCCACGGAAAAGCCAGUUUUACUAUUGAAAACGAGGAAGGACAGACGUGUCACUACAUCCUGCAGCUGGGCUUCGGAAGCUCCUACACAGUCCUGAUCCCAAACACCUUUACUUUUGGAGAAUCUUGUACCGAGAACAUUAAAGCAAUCCAGGAUAUUAACCCGGGAAGGAAAUACAUAUGGAUUGGCUGGUUGUUUAUUAAUUUUUUUUUGAUGUGCUGAGGAGUGGUGUUCUUUUUUGUCGGCCUGGACUUCUCCUAUUCACAGGCACCAAGCAAUAUGAAGUCAGUGCUCCAGGCUGGUUGGCUGUUGACUGUUGCAGUGGGGAACAUCAUCGUGCUCAUUGUGGCUGAGGCAGGCUCACUUCCAGAGCAGUGGGCUGAAUACGUGCUGUUUGCAUGUCUCCUGGUGGCUGUGAGUAUCAUCUUUGCGGUCAUGGCUUACUUCUACACCUACAUGGAUCCGGCAGAAAUUGAGGCUAAAUUUAUGGAGCUCGAGCCAGAUGAUAAGAAAAGGAAAGAGCUUGAAAUGAUGACGAAAGACAAUUUGGCAUAUGUUAACAACGAGACGUCAAACAACACAGAUGUCAAACAAACGAAGAUCUAGAUGCAUCGCUUCUUUUUUCUCUUGAUCUGUGGUUUGAAAGUGCUGGUGUUCUCUUUCCUAUUGACUGAAGAACUGAUUCACCAUUUUUUUUUUUUAUCAAAGCUGGGCUUGGGAUUUGUUAUGCAGUAGCAAAAAUCAGCCCAAGAAAAGCUAAUUCUACCUGAAACUGAAUGGUGUGUUUUGGGACGACAACCAUGGGCAGAAGGUUUGGUAGUUUAAUAGAGCAUGAUAUGGUUAAGAUCAGUGUUAAAGUGACCGUGCGUUGGUGCCUUAGCAGGCGGGUUUUAUUUAUGUGUUACUAUCAAUAAAUAAAUAAGUGAAAAAAAAAGAGCAAGUGACGCUCUUUUAUGGAAAAUGCAAUUUACCAUUAUAAUGAAAAACCAGAUUAAAUGGAAACCAUAGAGUGGAAGUACAUCAUCACACUGCUAUUUCAAGCAACACAGUCCUGUUUGUGUAAUUGUGGAUUGGAUCUUUCAGAAAAUAUUCUAAAGUGCCUCUAAAUAAUUUUGAUUAAUAGCCAUUCAUCUACACCAAGUAAUGGGUAAAACAAAGUAUUGUAAAGUUUUCUUUGAAGUAAUUCAUUUUAAUGCUGUUAUUCUGCAACUUAAAAUCUGCAUUAUUUGAAGGGGUUACAAUAAGAAUGUACCAGAUAAUGAGCAUUAGAGUGCAGUACUUUCCUCUAUGUAUUUUUAAAUUAUUUUGUUUCUACAUAACACUGUAUAUGGAUUUUAAACUACACUGGGUCCAAUAAGCUAUGAUUAAAUCAACUUUUGAUGAAGUGCUUCAAUAAAAAAAUAUAUUUAUGCCU